CCGCCAUUCACGACCCUCGGAAUCAACGAUGCAGCAGCGUGGAAUACGCUUGGAUUGACGACUUGACCCAAUCAAAAUGCCUUUUAUAGCUCUCUGUGAUCAUCCAAUGGCGCUCUCCACAGCCUUUUCGGUUGCGCCCAAACUCACGGAUUGAUGAAGUACAGUUGUAUCUGUAUCACCCAGAUGACUAUCCAGUGCGGCCGUUGUUAUUUGGACAGCGUGUGCUCUCCGCCUGUGCACGGGAUUCGAGAAUGUGUCAGGUACCGUCGGAGCUGUAACUCCAUCGCGGUAAUCUGCACAGGACGGGAUCCUCAAAAUCGCUCACUCUUUCCUCUGCUUCACUCACCUCCGAACCACCAUGGCACCCGCAAUGUCUGCAAGUUCCAUCCAGGUUCUGAGCACGUCGAGCAUUGUCAAAAUUGAGGUCGAGGAACGAGACGUCCGGCCGGGAUUUGGAACUGCUCGGACGCUGGUGCCGCCGCCGCUGCUCCCGCCGGGAAGCGCGACUGGAAGCUCAUUCUACGCGUGUGACACACCGACUGUGUCCCGAUGGGUUCCUCCACCUGAGAACACCGCUGCCCGAGAGGGUCGCUGUCUCAUACUCGCCUUCGAUGGGACCGGUGACCAAUUUGACUCAGACAACUCGAACAUCGUGCAACUUGUGUCGGCGCUAAAGAAGAACGACAAGUCGAAACAGAUGGUGUACUAUCAGUCGGGCAUAGGAACAUAUACGACGCGCAAGUUUGCCACUCCAUUCGCGACGACGCUUUCGUUGACCCUGGACGCCAUGAUCGCGUGGAACUUGGAUGAUCAUGUCAUGGCGGGAUAUGAGUUUCUCAUGCAAAAUUACUCGGAGAACGACCGCAUCUGCAUCUUCGGUUUCUCGAGAGGAGCCUACAUUGCGAGAAGCCUGGCAGGGAUGUUACACAAAGUCGGCUUGCUGUCGGCAGACAAUCACCAACAAGUGCCCUUUGCGUAUCGCAUGUACACGCGAACGGAUGAAGUAGGCUGGGCUCAAUCGAAUGCUUUCAAGAAGGCUUUCAGCAGCGAUGUGCAUAUCGAAUUCAUCGGUGUGUGGGACACCGUGGACUCUGUCGGGCUCAUCCCCCAUCGCCUGCCGUUCACGACGUCGAACACGAUCGUCAAGACAUUCAGACACGCUGUGUCCCUCGACGAGCACCGGGCCAAGUUCAAAGCGAAUCUAUGGAACGUGCCCACGAGCGAUGAAGCAACUCUUGGUCUGCAUACACCCCCGACACCGACCGUGCUGCUGCCGUCUCGACCGCCGAAGCAUGCCUACACACUCCCUCUGCCCAGCCUCGGGAUGAGGGCGUUGCACUUCCGGUCGUCGACCGAGCCGAAAGUGGCCAAGGACGACGACAAGGACUCGAUAGAUGAAGGCGACCUGGCGGAGAACUUCGAGCAGGAACGAUUCGAGCGGGAAUUCACCCUGCGCCAUCCGCAUCUGAGGAGGAAGGAGUCCGAUGUUCUGGAGGUCUGGUUCGCUGGCUGUCAUUGCGACGUGGGAGGCGGAUCCGUCCCCAACGACACCCGGAACAGUCUGGCGCGCAUCCCGUUGCGCUGGAUGAUUCGCGAAUGCUUCAAGGCCGAUACGGGCAUCAUAUUCGAUACUAGCCGCUUGCAAGAGCUGGGUCUGGAUCCGUCUACGCUCUACCCUUACGUUCUGGAACGUCCGCCGGCUCUUCAUCUGCCGGAAGGUCCGGAUGGUCGGAUUCAGCAGAGGCAGAAGUUACCCUCUUUACGAAAGCGGCUGUUCGGGCGGAAAGCGAAGCUGGCGAUUCCUGCCGGCGUCGUUCCGGAUGUGCCGAGUCCAACGAGCACUGAGGAGGGGACGACAGUGCACCGUGGGAUGGAGGAGGAAGAGGAGCUGCGGGAUCUGCUGUCUCCAGUGUACGACCAGCUGAAGAUCCAGAAGGGUUGGUGGUUGCUCGAGUGCCUGCCGUUUUCCUUCCGGUACCAGAAGCGGGACCAGAAGUGGGUGACCGAAUUUCGAUCCAAUUUUGGCCGGGCGCGCCAUAUUCCGCACCAGAUUCCGCACGAUCCUGUCCCCAAGUCGCCCGACUACUUCGACCACAAGCCGCCCACGAAUCUGAAGGUGCAUCGGAGUGUGCGGACCCGACUUAUGGCGUCGGAUGCGAAGGGCCGACGCUAUGUUCAGCGAGCGUUGUUUGAGUGCGAGCCAGAGUGGGUUGACUGAGGAUCCGCAUACGCCUGAUCCUUUUCUCCGACAUGAAUGUUGUCGGCAUAUCCCGGGUCGAUUGGCUUUCCUAGCUUCGACUUGAGUUGGGAACGUGGUUCAUGCAAUCGGGGAGGCAAAACACGUACACUAUUUGCGUAUAAUCAUGAAGUUCUCAGGGAAUAUGAGUGAUGCGGGAUGCGCUAGGUACUCUCUCAGGUGUGUUUGUAGUAGCAGCAAGGUCUGCAGUAAAUGUUGAUAUGGCGAAUAAACUGUUCGGUUUGGCGCUUUCGAGGGGAUAGUAAGCCAAACUUGCCCACCGUUGCCGUAUUGGUGACAUGCACCCAUACGAGUUCAUUGAAUGAAGACUCACACUAAAACUGCAAAGAAAGAAACAGUAUAAGUUAGAAGUUGGUUUAAAUGUCGAAUGCUACUAUCUUAAGACCAUUGAAGAGAGAACUGGUUGUUAUUUAGUGAAGACUGCAUUUGUUUCAUUGUUCCAACGUUGACGUUCUAUAUAGAUGGUGGACUCCGUGAAACGAUCAGAGAUACGGUAAUCUUAUCGAUGACCCAUCUUGGGAUUGACAGCAAACGUUGACACUGACAGCAAUGAAUUCAUUUGAUCACGCUUUUGCUGCGCCCAGCGAUGCCCUUUCCAUCCUUCUUAGCGCCUUGACGCGAACUCGAUGUCGACCGAACCGACUGGCCUUGGGCCCGAUCCCGAAGCCUACCUUGCGCUGCCCCGCUUCAACAAGUCCAAGGACUUCACCUUCGACGGGCAGCCUGCCAUCGCAUCGUACGCUCUCACGCAUGAAGACGAGCACGAAGACUGGCCGGUCAUGGUCUUCUUCAACGGCCUGGGCGGACACCGCUACAUCACCGCCAUGAUCGAGGGUAUCGGCCGCGCGCACCGCAUCCGCGUGCUCUCUGUCGACAAGCCAGGAGCGGGUGGGUCCGCACCGACGCCCGAGUCUCUGCCCCCGCUGCACCUCCGCACGAGGUGGUUCGCCGAAGCGCUCCUGGCAGUCCUUGCGGCGGAGAAUAUCACGCGCUUUGCGAUGCUCUCGCACUCGAACGGCGUGUUCUACGCCCUGUACUUCCUUCUGCACCUGCCCCCGCACAUCGAGAUCACGACUUGGACGCUGAGCGGUCCGUUUGUGCCGCCGUCAAUCAGCGGGUCGACGAGCUUGAAGAUUGCAGCGGCCUUGCCGUAUGCGCUGCCCGGGACGCUAGGGACGCUGCUCCAGGCUGUGCCGCCUGUGAGCCGUGUGAUCGAUUGGAGCAGUGGGCUGUUGAGCGUCAGCGCUGGGCUUCUUGGUUCCGGAUCUUCAUCAAGCAUCGAAGGUGCUGCGGCUGCUGCCGCGCAGGGGGAACCUGAGGAGCAGGCCGAUGGGAGUGCAGCACACGCGGAGCCUAAGCAGCUGCCUGGCUACAUCCACCGCUACGUAUCCCCUGCCUGCGCCUCGGCAAUCGCUCGCCGUGGGCUGGCGGAAUCGCGCAUCGCUAUCGGACAGGAAGCCAUAUUCAGUCUGCACGGUGGAGCCCCUGCACCCGCGAGAGAGGGCGGUACCCGGGAAGAUCUGUGCGUGUGGGGUCUGCCUCUCCCCUCUAGCUCUUCUCCAGGAUUAUCAGUAUCGCCUUCCGUUCCCGCUCUGGGGCUAUCAUCAUUCUUCUCCCUCUCAGCGCCCACGGCACCGCCUCCCACGGACGCCGAGAUCCUUGUCCACGCGUUCUCGACUGUGUCCAGCUCCGCCUCUUCCCGUCCGGCUACCAUACAUGUGGUCUACGGGGGGGCUGACGGAUUGGUGCCUCGCGCUGGCCGGCAAUGGAUGAAGAAGACUUUGAAAGAUGUAGGUCUGCUGCCUGCUUCGCCAGUCCCUGUCAGUGCGAAUGGAUUCGAAGUCACGGGAGAUGCCGAGGCCAUGUGGACCGAAGUGCCGGACGCGGGGCAUGAUGAGGUGCUGUUCGACGAGGAUGUAGUUGUAGAUAUCUUGGAACGAGUCAUAAGCAGCAGUAGGUAAUCAUUGGGAUAAUGGUUAUUUAAUCUUCGCUUGUUGUGUCGAAUAUAAUUCUUGUACCUCAG